AUGCUUCUUCGCAAUGGUGUAGGCCCGUUCAAAUGGGUAAAGACUGUAAGAUCGGAUCCGAUCGUAUGCGGAAUUGGAGCUUUUCUUGCUGCACCAUUUCUGCACCUCUUUCGUAUUUUUAUCUCUGUCAACAUCGUGACGGCAUGGAUUUGUAUAUUUAUCGCAAUCACAGCCGUAUGUUUCAUUUGGGCUAUCUUAAUGGAUCUGAUGAUGGACAUUAUUAUACCGCCACGUCGAAAUACUGCCAUCGCAUGGCAAAUGAUGAUCUCUCACGCGUUUGGAGACGCCUCAGGACCAUACAUCAUUGGCGAGAUUUCUGAUGCGGUACGAGGAGAUGAUACUUCACCAGGCGCCAAUUUCAAGUCGUUGGUUGCGUCAUUUCAUCUUCCCAAUCUUUUAUUGUUACUAAGUGCUAUUUUGUUUUUUUGUUCUGCAUAUACCUUUGUCAAUGACAAUAAGAAGUUCAAGAAAAUCAUGGCUUCGAUGGACGGCAUUCCCAUAUCAAAAGAGAGCGAUGUCUUUAAACCUGAUGCAAAACAGCUGGCAGCAGAAGAAAGAUUGGGAUCCACACAGUCUAGUCAUGACCAGUAA